AUGGCUUCCAUGGGGAUGCAGAUGGCAGGCUGCCUUCUGGCCCUUUUGGGCUGGAUCGGAGUGAUCGUUGUCUGCGCCGCACCCAUGUGGCGGGUCUCUGCCUUCAUUGGCAGCAGCAUAGUGACAUCGCAGAUCAUAUGGGAGGGCAUCUGGAUGAGCUGCGUAGUCCAGAGUACAGGCCAGAUGCAGUGUAAGGUGUACGACUCCAUGUUGGCUCUGAGUACAGACCUCCAGGGGGCCCGUGCUCUGGUGGUGGUCUCCAUCAUCACAGGCAUCGUGGGGCUCCUCAUAGCUUUCGUGGGUGGAAAGUGCACCAACUUCAUUCCAGAGCAGAGGGCCAAGGCGAGGGCUUCGGUGGCAGCGGGAGUGGUGCUGAUCAUCAGUGGAUUGCUCUGCCUUAUCCCUGUUUCCUGGACUGCCGGCGUUAUCAUAAGGGACUUCUACAACCCUCUGCAAGUAGAUGCCCAGAAAAGAGAGCUCGGGGCCUCUCUUUACAUCGGCUGGGCGGCCGGGGCACUGCUGUUCUUGGGAGGGGGGCUUCUGUGUGCACACUGUCCCCCCAAGGAAGAUAAGGCCCCCUCUGUGAAGUACCUCCUAAACAAGUCCGGAGGAAACAGCAAAGAGGAUUCAUUAAGAUCUUUUUCACCAACAAAGACGUAUAUUUGA